CGGGCGGGCGGAGUGCCCGCGUCUGCGAGGCGGCCCGGCCGGGCCCGGCGGCGGCGCCAUGUGGAGCGGCCGGAGCUCCUUCACCAGCCUGGUCGUGGGCGUGUUCGUGGUGUAUGUGGUGCACACCUGCUGGGUCAUGUACGGCAUCGUCUACACCCGCCCGUGCUCCGGCCACGGCCGCUGCAUCCAGCCCUACCUGGCGCAGAGGCCCAAGCUGCAGCUCAGUGUCUACACCACCACGCGGUCCAACCUGGGCGCCGAGAACAACGUCGAUCUGGUCUUGAACGUGGAGGACUUUGACGUGGAGUCCAAAUUUGAAAGGACAGUCAACGUCUCUGUUCCCAAAAAAACGAGGAACAAUGGCACGCUGUACGCCUACAUCUUUCUCCACCAUGCCGGCAUCCUGCCCUGGAACGACGGGAAGCAAGUGCACCUGGUGAGCCCGCUGACCACCUACAUGGUCCCCAAGCCAGAAGAGGUCAACCUGCUCACUGGGGAACCGGCGGCACAGCAGCAGAUCGAGGCCAAGAAGAAGCCGAUAAGUGCCCUGGACGAGCCCGUUUCUCACUGGAGGCCCAGACUGACCCUUAACGUGAUGGUGGACAACUUCGUCUUUGACGGGGCCUCCCUGCCCGCGGACGUGCACCGCUACAUGAAGAUGAUCCAGCUGGGGAAGACGGUGCACUACCUGCCCAUCCUGUUCAUUGACCAGCUGAGCAACCGCGUCAAGGACCUCAUGGUCAUCAACCGCUCCAGCACCGAGCUGCCGCUCACCGUGUCCUAUGACAAGAUCUCGCUGGGGCGGCUGCGCUUCUGGAUCCACAUGCAGGACGCUGUGUACUCGCUGCAGCAGUUUGGGUUCUCAGAGAAGGAUGCUGAUGAAGUGAAGGGGAUCUUUGUCGACACCAACUUGUAUUUCUUGGCGCUGACCUUCUUCGUGGCUGCGUUCCACCUGCUUUUUGAUUUCCUGGCAUUUAAAAACGACAUCAGUUUCUGGAAGAAGAAGAAGAGCAUGAUCGGCAUGUCCACCAAAGCAGUGCUGUGGCGCUGCUUCAGCACCGUGGUCAUCUUCCUGUUCUUGCUGGACGAGCAGACGAGCCUCCUGGUGCUGGUACCCGCGGGCAUCGGAGCCGCCAUCGAGCUGUGGAAAGUGAAAAAGGCCUUGAAGAUGACCAUCGUCUGGAGAGGCCUGCGGCCCACGUUUCAGUUUGGCACUUACAGUGAAUCUGAGAAGAAGACAGAGGAGUACGACACCCAGGCCAUGAGGUACUUGUCUUACUUGCUCUACCCGCUCUGCAUCGGGGGCGCCGUCUACUCGCUGCUCAACAUCAAGUACAAGAGCUGGUAUUCUUGGCUGAUCAACAGCUUCGUCAACGCCCCGGGGCCUGUGCCUCCAUGCCCGUGUCUCCCCAGGGGUCUACGCAUUCGGCUUCCUGUUCAUGCUGCCCCAGCUCUUUGUGAACUACAAGAUGAAGUCAGUGGCCCACCUGCCCUGGAAGGCCUUCACCUACAAGGCCUUCAACACCUUCAUCGACGACGUGUUCGCCUUCAUCAUCACCAUGCCCACCUCCCACCGGCUGGCCUGCUUCAGGGACGAUGUGGUGUUUCUCGUGUACCUAUACCAGCGGUGGCUUUAUCCCGUGGAUAAGAGUAGAGUGAAUGAGUUUGGGGAGUCCUACGAGGAGACCCCCCAGCAGAAACCCCACGCAGACUGAGCCAGACCCGGCGCGUGCAGCCGCAGUGCAGGCAGGGCGCUGCUGCGGAGGGUCGGCGGUGCGGGUGGGCCUCCCGCCAUCACCGCCUCUAUGUUGCCAAACCCCCGAGCAUCCCUCGCGGCCUUGGGUGCCUCCACAUUGUGUCCGCGGCGCUGACGGUGCCGCCCAUGCGGACAUCCGUCCUGGUCGCCGGGCCCGGGAGCGUCUGGUCCUGGUGGGUGCUGGGCCGCUCCUGCGGGGUCCGUAGGCGCUCCUUGGGGAUGUCACAUGCCUCCUUGAAUCCAUUCCGUGUAGACUCUGGGAUCAAAUGGCUUUUUUCCUUUUCAUUUAAAUUUGACUGUUUUAAAGCUUAAUGUAUGUAUGUUUCUAUUUUAAAAUAAAUUUCUCUGGCUGUACACUCUCCUUGGCCUGA